AUGCCCGGCGCUGACGACACCGCUGAUGCCGGCUCCAAUGAUAGCCACACGUCGAAUGUCAUCAAUUUGACUCGGCACAUUGGCACUGAAAUCGUCGGGCUGCAGCUCAAAGACCGGACGGACAAACAGGAAGAUGAACUGGGACUUCUGAUUGCCGAGCGCAGUGUGGUCUUCUUCCGGGACCAGGAUAUCUCUCCACAGCAACAGAAGGAACUAGGGGAGUGGAUUGGCGAAAUCGAAGUUCAUCCCCAAGUUGCGCAGGUCCCUGGAGUCCCCGGCGUCACAGUAAUUUUGCCAGAACUCCAAGCUGCCGAGAGCGAUUUAAUUCUCGGAUACUUAUGCGACGUUUACAAGAAGAACCCGGAUAUCCAAAUUCACUUCAAAUUGAAUCCACGGACGAGUGCUCUCUGGGAUAACAGAAAGCUCACCUCGAGUAGAAUCACGAUCCAUAACACCAGUUGGGACUAUGAGGGUUCGCAGCUGAGACAUGGGACUCGAGUGACGUCGCUUGCAGGGAAACCUGUCUUUGAUUCAGAUGCGCCGACGAGGCGAGAUAAUCUUUUUGAAUUCAGAAGAAAUCGAGGAGCUGGCUAG